AUGGACGCAGCUUACGCACUGGGCGCAACUCCUAGUGCUGGCCAGUGCAUUGUUGCACAGAGCUCUCCCAUUUCACUGCUCCAACCAAUUUGCUCAACGCAUAGACCUGUCAACAGAGCUGUGCACACUCGGGGCGUUGGCCCAUCUUGUCUCAUGGUGGAUGCUGAAGCAAUGACGUCAGGUAUCCUUGCCCCACUUGCUUCGAUUUGCUCGCUUCUCAGUGGAGCCGGUCAAAGCGCUUGGCCAUGCUGUGGCCGCGUGGGAGCAAGCGCUGAGGCCAGCGCUGCGCAGAUAUUGGAGCAAUUGCUGCAGGCCUCCGGUUGGCUGUAG